CACCUCCUGCUCACCCCUCCACAAGCCUUCCUGCCAGCCAUGGCUUCGUUCGUCGUCGAGCGCGUCCGGCCACAGGGCGCCUCUGCUGCCGCAUCCACCAGCUCGCUGGCGCCGCUCGCCAGCUACAUGCACCUCUCCGGCCACGCCGACCCGGCGCCCGAGCUCGACGACGAUGCGCCCUGGCUCGACCCCGAGGCCGCCGACGAGGCUGCCGCUCAGGGGGGCGCACGUCUCGCCUCCGCCGGCGAGGUCAUCGCCUCGAGCGCCGCCUUCAUGCGCGGCCACGGCGCCUUUCUCUCGGCCGCACUCGCCGCGUCCGCUGGCGCAGAGGCACCCGCCAUCGUGGCGUCGCUGUGCGGCACGGUCAGCCGCGUGAACCGUCUCAUCAGCGUCGCGCCCGUGCGCACUCGCUACGCGCCCGAGGUGGGCGACCUCGUCGUCGGGCGCAUCGCAGACGUAUCAGCUGGGCAGCGGCGUUGGCGCGUCGAGCUCGGCGCGCGGCAGCUGGCGGCCCUGGCGCUGGCCAGCGUCAAUCUGCCCGGCGGCGUGCAGCGGCGCAAGCUCGAGGCCGACGAGCUGCAGAUGCGUCAGUUCUUCCAGGAGCAGGACCUGCUCGUCGCCGAGGUGCAGAGCUCCUUUGCCGACGGCUCCGUGGCGCUGCACACGCGCUCGCUGCGCUACGGCAAGCUGCGCAACGGCGCCCUCGCCCUCGUGCAGCCUGUGCUCGUGCAGCGCCUCAAGAGCCACUUCGUCACGCUGCCGCAGGCCGACGUGGACCUGACGAUUGGCCUCAAUGGCUACGUGUGGGUCUCGAAGCACCAGAAGUUCGACGUCGACAAGGCGGAGGGCGAGGCUAAACGCAUCGAGAGCGGGCUGGCGGGCAAGGGCACAGGGCGUGAUGUGGACGGCGUGUACAGCGAUGUCAACGAGACACUCCCGGCACGGACACAUCUCGCCAUCUCGCGGCUAACAGCGCUGCUGGCGCAUCUCUCAGCGGCGCACCUGCCCAUCUCGGACACGAGCAUCUCGCGCGCCUACGACGCCAGCGUGGCGCUCUGGCCGCUCGAGCGCGGCGCCAUGGAGGACCUGGUCGUGCGCGAGGUGCUGGCCGACGUGCGCGAGUCAUUGCGGCAAUGAGACGAGUCACGAGCAACAGAGCUGCUUUGAAGGAGAGCGG